GACACACUGGCGCAUCAGAACACUCAAGCACACCACCAGUACAAGAACACAAGUAAUCGUUAGCACUUGCUCGACCAACAUCGAUGGCAAUGGCACCGAGAGCCCUUCUCCUCCUUGCUUUGGUGGCCGUAGCCAGCGCCACCUACUGCCCUCCGCCACCGGCGCCGGUUCCGGUGCCCCGCCAUGGCUCGUGCCCCCAGAACGCGCUCAAGCUGCACGUGUGCGCCAACGUGCUGGGCCUGGUGAAGGCCAAGAUCGGCGUGCCCCCCACCGAGCCCUGCUGCUCGCUCCUCGACGGACUCGUCGACCUGGACGCCGCCGUCUGCCUCUGCACCGCCAUCAAGGCCAACGUUCUCGGAAUCCACCUCAACCUCCCCAUCGACCUUAGCCUCAUCCUCAACAACUGCGGAAAGAUAUGCCCGGAAGACUUCCAGUGCAUCCAUUAGCAAAUCAGCUACAAGCAGUAGUGCAUGCACUACUACGUGCUAUCUAGAGAUCGAGAGAUUUCGUUUGCUUCUGUUCCCUACUUUUAUUUGUUUCUUGUAUACCGGCGAUUUGGCAUGUGUGUUAUGUUUUUUCUUUCACAGUAUCAUACCUGAUAUUUGAAUUAUUUGAAUCAAUAAACUGGUAAUUUCAUGA